AUGAAGAGAUCAAGCAGAUUCUGCGUAAAUAUAAAAGUAUCCACUGUGGAUAUGGAGAUCAAGCAGAUUCUGCGUAAAUAUAAAAUUGUCCACUGUGAAUAUGGAGAUCAAACAAUCGCUGUGUAUUCAGUAGAGGUUGUUGUAGCUGUGUAUUCAGUAGAAGUUGUUGUGGUUGUUGCAGCUGUGUAUUCAGUAGAGGUUGUUGUGGUUGUUGUAGCUGUGUAUUCAGUAGAGGUUGUUGUGGUUGUUGCAGCUGUGUAUUCAGUAGAGGUUGUUGUGGUUGUUGCAGCUGUGUAUUCAGUAGAGGUUGUUGUGGUUGUUGUAGCUGUGUAUUCAGUAAUGGCUGGUGUAGCUGUGUAUUCAGUUGUGGUUGGUGUAGCUGUGCAUUCAGUAGUGGUUGGUGUAGCUGUGUAUUCAGUAGUGGUUGGUGUAGCUGCGUAUUCAGUAGUGGUUGGUGUAGCUGUGUAUUCAGUAGUGGUUGGUGUAGCUGUGUAUUAA